AUGAGCGCCCCGGUGGCCGCCCUGCUGCCGCGGAGGUCGCUCUCCGUCUGCCUCGCCUGCAGGCGGAACCUGCUGCGGCAGUUCUCGACCACCCGCGCCCGCCCCGUCGCCUUCCAGAGCUACCCGCUCGUCCAGCCGGCGUCGCAGCCGCGCAACACGACCGUCCCCGACACCUCCAUCAGCCAGCCCCUCGACGGCCAGUCCGCGCCCCUGCCCAGAGUGCACGAGACGAGACCGCCCGCCGAGGCAGGGAAGCAGGCCGCGGCCUCGUCGCCAAAGGUGUCGAUCCCGGAGCAGGUCGCGCAGCAGUCCAAGGAGGAGUUCGUGCCCGCCGCCGAGAAGAGCGCCGCCGCCGCAACACAGUCUGCCGCAGGAGCAGCAGGAACGACAACGACAACGGCAGCAGCGAAGCCGCCGCAGCGCAAGUCCCGCCUGCGCACCCCGCGCAAGGCCGCCAUGAAGCUCACCCCCGAGGCCGUCGAGCACCUGCGCGACCUGCUCGACCAGCCCGAGCCCAAGCUCAUCCGCGUCGGCGUCAAGAACCGCGGCUGCAGCGGCCUGGCCUACCACCUCGAGUACGUCGACGAGCCGGGCAAGUUUGACGAGACGGUCGAGCAGGACGGCGUGCGCGUGCUCAUCGACAGCAAGGCGCUGUUCAGCAUCAUCGGCAGCGAGAUGGACUGGGUCGAGGACAAGCUGCAGCAGAAGUUUGUGUUUCGGAACCCGAAUAUCAAGGAGGAGUGUGGCUGCGGCGAGUCCUUUAUGGUUCGUGUCCGUGGCUCGUUCACGCAGCCAGGUGUCGCCAAGCUGUCUGCAUCACCGGACACGGUGUCACGGUGCAACAGCCGGCUGCCCAUCGCUGCAAACGAAUAUAAGGCCGGUGAUCGCCUAGGAGUAUCCCAGGCCAUGGCCAGGCGGUGGGUGCCCGAGGACCUGACCAGGUGGCUCUCGCAAGACGAGCCCAGGGGCCGCACCCGGGCAGACCUAGAAGCGACUGCCGACCAGAUGAUCGAAGGCAUCGAGGCGCUUCACGAGUGGAGAGAACAAGUCGUCGAGAUGCACCUCGACGUCUGCGCCGACAGCCUUCUAUACGCGAUCCUAGACCAGUACGAGCUCAUCCAGAUCCGUAGCGACUGCUACAAACGCAUCUUCAAGCGAGAUUUCAGCACCCACCUGAGGCGGGACCAGCGAGUGUACAGAUAUUACCGCCUGGCGUACCGGAAGCUCAGCGAGGUGCUGCUCACGAUCGCUCUCAUGGGGCUCGGGGUCAGGUAUUGGAGGGCCGGGGCUGGUUUCAACGAUCGAGAGGAGGAGCUUUAUGAUUUCAUACUGGACAUCAGAGACAAUCUUGAUCUGUCGGAGGAAUCACUUGCCUGUCUGGCGACGAUCGUCUUGGAACCGCGCUACCCACCUAGCCGUAUUUACGUGCCGCUCCGUUGA